CCCUGAAAGUCAGUUCCACCAAAAUGUUCUCAACAAUCGUAUCACUCAGUGCUCUCGUCCUGGUCCUCAACCAUGGACCUGCUUCAGCCCAACUCAUCAACCCAGAUCCAACCGCGAACCUAACCCUCUCGAAACAAUCCAAGCUGUCCCCGAUGCCCUGGGACCGGUACGUGGUCAACUUCCAGCAGGCGACCUUCUUCGAGGCGUGGCAGUUCUGCCAAGCUGCGGGACUUCGACUGGCCACGGUGAAUUCUCCGGCGGACACGGACCUGUUGGAGAAGGCGCUCGCCGCGGCUAAAGCUCCCCAAAAGGGAGCGUUCUUCAUCGCUGGGACCAACUUGGGAGCGAAGGGAAGCUGGCUGUGGAUCAGUACCAACCGGAAGGUCGGAACUCCGUAUGGGUAUACCAGGUGGCACCCGGGACAGCCGGACAACUCUGGGAACAACGAGCACUGUAUGGAGAUUUGGUACGUCAAUGGGGCGUUCUGGAACGACUAUCAGUGUGACAAGAAGCGCGGGUACAUUUGUGAGACUUUUAUUUGAGUGAUGCACUGUAGUUUAACAAUAAUAAGAAGUUUAAAUAA